CGGCCAAGCCGCAGAGAGGACGGGGCAGUAGCCCUGGGCUGAGCCCCGCCCUGCCCUGUUGGGGGUGGGUGGUGUUUGCUCCCCUCCCCCUUGUCCCUUUAAGGGCCUGGGUAAACUUUUUCCUGCUGGCUCCGGGCGGCCCCGUCACAUCCGUUGGCCGGAGCCGGGUGGGGAAGUUUCUUGGCGCUUGUUCCCAGCACAAACUCUCGGGUCCCGCUGCUGCGCGCGGAGCGUCCCCCGGGCUCUGGCGGGAGCCGCGGUGGGGCGCGUGCGAGGAGGAGCCGGGCUCGGGGGUGCGAGAUGAAGCUGGGGCGUGGGGAAGCCGGAGCCGCCCUUCUUCUCCUCCUCCUUCCCGGCUGCUCCAGCCCCGCGGCCAGGCGGCUGCUCCCUCCUGCCUGAGCCCCCGAGUGUCCCGCUGCCGCCGCGAUGGGGACGCUGCCCGCGGCUCCCUGCCUCCUGCUGCUCCUGGCUGGCGCUGCCGGGCUGUGCCGGGCUCGCUUCUCCUUCCCCCUGCGGGUGUCUCCGCCGGCCGCCCCGAAGAACGGCUCCGCGAGCAGCCUCCAGCAGGCUCCCCCCGGCGAGGCGGACGGCUUGGCCUUAGCCUCGGAGCCCGGGGCCGCCGUCAGCUUCUUGGCCAUGGUGGAGAACCUGCAGGGGGACUCCGGCCGGGGCUACUACCUGGAGAUGCUGAUCGGGACCCCGCCGCAGAAGUUAAAUAUUCUGGUUGACACUGGAAGCAGUAAUUUUGCAGUUGCAGGUGCCCCAAACCCUGAUGUAACAUCAUACUUCAAUACAGAGGAGUCAAGUACAUAUAAGUCACAAGGCACUGAUGUCACUGUUCGAUAUACUCAAGGAAGUUGGACUGGAGUGCUUGGCACUGAUAUCAUUACCAUUCCAAAGGGAAUCAAUGGCACUUACACUAUCAACAUUGCUACCAUUCUGGAAUCGGAGAAUUUCUUUUUACCGGGGGUUAAAUGGCAUGGGAUCCUUGGACUUGCCUAUGAUGCCUUAGCCAAGCCUUCAAGUUCGGUGGAGACAUUCUUUGAUUCCCUUGUGAGUCAAGCAAAGAUUCCCAACGUUUUCUCCCUGCAAAUGUGUGGUGCUGGAAUGCCUGUUUCUGGAAGUGGUACCAACGGAGGUAGUCUUGUCAUGGGUGGAAUUGAACCAAGUUUGUACAAGGGUGAUAUCUGGUACACCCCUAUAAAAGAGGAAUGGUAUUACCAGGUUGAAAUUCUCAAACUGGAAGUUGGAGGCCAGAACCUUAACUUGGACUGCAGAGAGUAUAAUGCAGACAAAGCGAUAGUAGACAGUGGCACCACUCUCCUCCGCCUGCCCCAGAAAGUCUUCAAUGCUGUGGUCGAAGCAAUUGUGAGCACAUCUUUGAUCCAAGCAUUCUCCUCUGGAUUCUGGACUGGUUCCCAGCUUGCAUGCUGGGCUAAGACUGAAACACCAUGGUCCUUAUUUCCUAAACUUUCUAUCUACCUGAGAGAUGAAAACUCCAGCAGAUCAUUUCGGAUCACUAUCCUACCACAGCUUUAUAUUCAACCCAUCCUUGGGAUUGGACAGAAUUUAGAAUGCUACCGGUUUGGCAUCUCUUCCUCCAGCAGUGCCCUGGUUAUUGGUGCUACAGUUAUGGAGGGCUUCUACGUUAUCUUUGACAGGGCUCAGAAGAGAGUGGGCUUUGCAGUUAGUCCAUGCGCAGAAGUUGGUGGCUCUCCGGUAUCUGAGAUUGAAGGCCCUUUCACAACAGCAGAUAUAGCAAGCAACUGUGUCGCCACAAUGACCUUGCACGAACCGAUGUUGUGGAUUAUCUCCUAUGCUCUCAUGAGUUUAUGUGGAAUCAUCCUCCUUGUUUUGAUAAUCUUACUGCUUCUUCCACCUCGCUGUCAGCAUCGCUUCACUGACAAUGAUGUAGUCAAUGACGAGUCAUCGUUAGUGCAUCAUCGAUGGAAAUGAGGAACUUGAUCAAAGUCAAGGAACCUUGGAUUCUCUUAACACAAUUAAGGAUAAAGUUUCCAACCCUGGAGAGAAAGCCAAGGCCUUGUUCCGUAUACAUUAAUCUCAAAUCACUGUUCUACUGCUGGAUACUCUCCAGGCAUAUUGCAUCAUAACUUUUACGCUUUAUUUUCUAACACUGAUUCUGAACCAAAACAUUAUAACCACUCUCAAGUGCUACCUUACUGGGUUCUGCUCUUCAGUAGCACAGCUGAACCUUUAAGAUCUCAGCAGUGUGUUUUUUAAAAAAAAAACAACACAUUGUGAUGUUCUUCCAUCAGAUGCACAAUGUUCCUCAUCCCUUCCUCAAAGAAGAAAAGAACUGUCGAUUUUGUAACAUUAAUCAAGCCUUGAAUAUAGAAAAAGAAAAAAGAUCAUAAGUUUUAGUGAUUUUCUUAUUAAUCACAUUAAAGAAAUACUAUUUUCUGUUUACAGCAAUUCAUUUUGAAACAGUGCUCACAGUGUGGGGGAGAGGGAAAGGUGAGUCUUGCGCAGCAGAUGGAAGAAAGUCAGGUCAAGAAGAAAUUUUAUUUUCCAAGAAAAUAAACUGCUGUCAUUUGAGUGGGUCUCCCUUUGUAAGCCGUCCUUCCUAAAUAGAUUGAAGAGGAAAAAUGGG